CACACCAACUCUAAAAGACCGGGGGAGUGAGAGGAGCAUGGAGCCGGCAGGGGAAGUUUUCAUCCAGCGUCCUGAUCCGCCCGUGGUGGGAAAGGUGAAUCACCACAGCAUUGAGCUGUACUGGGACAUCAGUCAUGUCUACCAGCACAUCGGGCCUCCUAACACACGGUGCAGGUUUUCCAUUGAAGAAGAAGACGUUAAAACCCAUAUGUACGGCACCGUUUACUGUGGAUACUCCAAGCAGCAUGUUGUCGAGGGUUUAGAGCCCAUCACCAGCUACAGGUUCAGGCUGAAAGUCACAGGACAUGAUGGAGAGUAUGCGUACAGCCCGGCGGUCACAGUGUCCACUACACGAGAGCCCAUGACUGGAGAACAUCUUCACCGAGCCAUAAAUCUGAAUGAUGAAGCCGCAGUCCUAAAAAUCCUUCAGACCGGACACGUGAAAGCCAAUAUUCCUGAUAAACUGGGGUUCACACCUCUCAUGGUUGCGGCACAAAGAGCAGAUCUCAGGAUUGUACAGUUGCUCAUUGACCACGGAGCCGAUAUCAACCAAGUAAAUGGAAGUGGAAAGAACAGUCUAAUGUUGGCUUGUUUUUCUGGACACCUGGAUGUUGUGGAGUACUUAAGAAGACAAGGAGCAUCUUGGGAGAACCGGGAUAAGGGAGGAUGCACCGCCAUGCACUGGGCAGUAGAUGGGGGCAAUCUAAAACUCAUUGAAUGGAUGAUUGGUGAUGGCUGUGAGGUUGAUGUUAAAGAUUCCUGUUCACGAUGGACUCCACUAAUGCGCGUUUCGGCAGUGACUGGAAACCCGGACGUCGCUCAGCGUUUAAUUGCUGCCGGAGCAGACGUCAAUGUUAAGGACAAGGAUGGGAAGACCCCCCUGAUGGUUGCAGCAUUAAAUAACCAUGAGCGCCUGGUCCGUUUACUAAUAGAAAAAGGUGCAGACGGCAGCAUCACAAAUGAGUACGGAAUAGGCAUCUCAGAAAUGGCUAAAGCUUUCAACAGACAGAAUAUGGUGGUGAUAUUAGAAGACAUGAAGAAGGAGAUUCUUUAAGAGACGCUUUGCAUCUACAUAUAAACCCUCUUUUGAUUAUGCUGACAGCCGACAUAUGGAGCCCUCUGCUAUGACAAUACAUUAAAGAGCGGCAGUUGUUCAAGGGUAUACCCGCACCCUGCCGCUUCUCCUCACAUUCCUUUUCUGGUCUUGUACGAUUUUAUAGUUGAAAAGUUGUAAUCGCAUGGCAUAACAGUCCAGACUCACCCUAGCUUAAGGUGGGUGCAGGAUAUUCCCUUUGUUUAAAGCGCCGCAUCUGGUAUUAUUUAAAGGAACACUCCAGGCAAAACUGAUACAGUGCUAUUCCCAAAUAAUAGCUGUUGCUUGACAGGGUCAGGUUCCUGCAUCGUCAUCUUGCCUGGCCCUGUCAAUUGUAUUUGUUGGCUUAGCUUACUUCAAAAAAAGUGCCUAGAUUGCGGCACAACUUUUGGCACAAGGUGCAUCCUUUAAAUAGUCACUAACUUUUUACGCCACUUUGCAUAAAUCAAUAGAACAAGCGACCACAGCAAACUUUGUAAUAUGUCUUAUCAGUGAGAAAUGUCUAGAUCUCGUGUUAUGAGCUGUUUACCACCCCCCCCCCCCUUGCUAAUUGCUUUUCACGUUGAAAAAUACCUUAGUACCGUCCAAGACUGGCCAGCUCCACAGGAGGCUUGUAUUAGACAUGUCAGUGCAAGUCUAUGGAGAUGGGAGGGGAGUGAGCAGGAGCGCACACAGACUAGCAGACUCCUGGAGCUGAGAUGUAAUGAGCUGAGAUAUAAGCUUUCUUUAUUGACCACCAUACAGGUCAGUACCUCUUUGUAAUGUCCUCCAUGAUCUCAGGGCUGAUUAUGAGUACACAACAGAAGAUUAGGAAGCAGAUUCUUGUCUACUUUCUGCGUGCAGUGGAUAGCAGCUAGUCUCCACCCACCAUAUCUGAGAGAACUGCAAACUAAUCAUUCACUUUGCACAGAGGAAACCGCUAAAACAUGCCAGAUACAAGUGAUAUAAUGGCCAGAAAUAGUGUUAUUCCUUAUGUACUGUACAAACGCUGUACUAUUGUUUAAUGCAGAGUUUGUGGAAAUGUUAGUGGCCCUUUAAAGGGGUUCUGCAGUUCUUUUCAACUGAUGAUCUAUUCUCCAGACAGAUCAUCAACAUCUAAU